CACACACAGACAGCAGCACGGCAGCGCCCGGGAUAACAUGAUUAGCGCUCUAUUAGGUCCGCUACUGAGCAGCACUAGAUGCAGCACAGGGAUCAUUGUGUGUGUGGAGAGAGAGGAGACACGGGGGGAAGACUUCACGCCUCAUCCGCCACAUGGAUCUUCUUUGCUUCCUAUUGAUCUGCUUAAAGAAGUUACCCACUGACAGCUUUUUUAAUGCCCAUGCGUCUCCGGCACUGGAGAGGUUGUGUCACUGCUCUCUGCCUCAGAUGAACUGACAGCCUUAUAAAUAAUCAGAGCUUCUCCUUGAGGAGUGUGUUCAUGAUGAGAGAGAAAAAUCCGGGAAAGCCUCAGAGGAGUGAUUCAGUCCCUUCCUUUCUCAGCCCCGCUGUGAGCUUCUAGCUGUCCUUCCUGGUGAUGGUAUUUGUCAACCUCAGGUGAACUCACAUAGGAAGUGGGCAGAUUUGCUCCAAUGGGGUUCAACAACGAAACCAACCAGACUCUUCCAGAUGUGACUCUGUACAGCCUGCGGAUCUCCCUGCCACUCACUGUGCUGGUGGGGAUCAUGAUCCUGCUGACAGUGUUUGGCAACGUGCUGGUGGUCAUAGCUGUGUUUACAAGCCGGGCCCUGAGGGCUCCGCAGAACUUAUUCUUGGUGUCUCUAGCAUCGGCAGAUAUUUUGGUGGCCACCCUCGUGAUGCCUUUCUCCUUAGCCAAUGAGCUCAUGGGAUACUGGUACUUUGGGGAGGUGUGGUGCGAGAUUUAUCUGGCACUUGAUGUUCUUUUCUGCACUGCCUCCAUCGCCCACCUCUGUGCCAUCAGCUUGGACCGCUACUGGUCCAUCACACAGGCCAUCGAGUAUAACCUGAAGAGGACGCCGCGACGCAUUAAGUGCAUCAUCGUCAUCGUGUGGGUCAUCGCGGCAGUUAUCUCCUUCCCCCCUCUAAUCACUAUGGAGAAAGAAAACAGCGAGAAGGAACCUGUGUGUAAGAUCAAUAAUGACAAGUGGUACGUCAUUUCCUCCUGCAUCGGCUCCUUCUUCCUCCCCUGCGUCAUCAUGGUCCUGGUCUAUGUGCGAAUCUACCAGAUCGCCAAAAAGAGGACGCGGGCGCCACCAGGAGACAGGAAGCGGAAGGAGAUGGCGAAGACAGCUACUGUGGCUGUCGCCAACCAGAAACAGAACGGCGUGGGCGCAGGUGAUGCUGAGGACCGGCUCUGCCAUGAGAAACUGAAUGGCGAGCAGGACAUUGAGCUGAAGGAGGGAGUGGGAGGAGAAGGAGGAGCAGGUGAGGAGAAGGGUGAGGUCAAUGGGGUCGACCUCGAGGAGUCGUCCUCCUCUGACCACAAGGUGAACAAUCCCUGCUCGAUCAAGAAGAAAUCAGGCAAGGGGAAAACCAAACUGUGCCAAAUCAAGCCCGGGGAUGAUGGCGUCCAAAAGCGGGUGCCGAGCAACAAGGGCAGCCGCUGGAAGGGCCGACAGAACCGGGAGAAACGCUUCACCUUUGUCCUGGCCGUGGUCAUUGGAGUGUUUGUCAUCUGCUGGUUCCCCUUUUUCUUUACAUACAUGCUAAUGACGCUGUGUGAGUCCUGCCCGGUGCCCGACACCCUGUUCAAGUUCUUCUUCUGGUUUGGCUAUUGCAACAGCGCGCUGAACCCCAUCAUUUACACCAUCUUCAACAACGACUUCAGGAGGUCGUUCAAAAAGAUACUGUGCAAGAGGGACACUCGAAGAUAUGUAUGAUGGACUCCAUCUUUAUGUACAUACUUUUUUUUUUUUACUAUAUUGUACAUAGAUUAUAAAACACAUAGACCAUUGCGGCAUGGUUCACUGGCUUAAUCGCUCUAGGUGUAAGUGCUUGGAAAGGCUUUCCCAGGAUGAGCUUUACGUGCAGCAUCUUUUCAAAACCACCACCCGCAGCUUCAACAGCGACCACAGCGCCACAGUGAAACCAUGUUUUUAUUGUAAAUGUUAUUUUUAUUUUUAUAAAUGAAACCCACAUAGUGAAGUCAUGAUAUGUGUUGUACUUUAUGACAGUAUGUUGUGCAAAAUGACCUGUCUGAAUAUUUGUCUUUAUUUUUGUUGUCAAUUCAAUUCAAUUCAAUUCAAAUAACUUUAUUUAUCCUCAAGGGGCAAUUUAACAGCAGCACACUGAGUAGUUCAGAGAAAAAACACACAAGACAUAAAUAACUACAAUAUAAAAACAUGGAUACAGUAUUGCGCCAUUUUGUAUGAUGUCAUGAUAAUGAUGACGACAGUGGUUAAGGUAAUGGUGAUGGUGGUGAUGAUGAUGUUGAUGAUUAUGAUGAUGAGGAUGAUGAUGGUGAUGACAAAGUGUGGGGGGGAAAUGAUGGCUCUUAAUAAGAAUAAAACCCAUUUCCUGAACUGGUCUCAAGGCUCCACAGCAAGUCAAAGCAUCAGACUGGUGACGUUAUCUCAUUUUGUAUGUUACACACACACACACACACACACACACACACACACAGACACAUAUGUUCCCAGGGUCCUUUGUUCCCCAGCGCAUUAUCCUCUUAAUAUGUUUUUCCUUAUUUCAAAUAUUUGUGGUAUGCUUUAUGUUUCCCUGAGUCAAUGUGUUUAAAUCACGCACACACAGCUUAUAGCCUAGUGAUGUUGUACUCUUUGAAAGUUACACCCUCAAGUUUGUGGGCAAGACAGUUUUCUUGACUUAAGAUAGUUAUAUUUCCACAGUGGUGAAACAAUUUUUUUGCAUUCAAACUGCAUAUGAAAUGUCCUUUUGCUAUUUGAACUGCAUAGCCAGCCCUUUAUAUCAAGAGACGUGGGACCCUGGGAACACAGGGUUGACCUCCACACACUAUAAAGGCUAUAGGAAACGGGGACAGGCAGCAGUAGAGUCUGUUAAAGGAAACAUUUGCUCUCAGAAGGUGCCCUGGUGUUAAGAGAGAGAGUUCCCAAAAUGCAAAGCUGUUUUACCUAUUAUCUGUAAAGUGUGAAAUGUUGGGUCCAGGAGUACAAACCCACGAGUCCUCUGGUGCAGUGAAUUGUAGACCAAAGCCGCCCCUCCAGUUGCAAAGUGCAAAUUUGCCGGUCUGUUGAAUCUGACCUUUGCAAGAGAUUAACCAGGAACUCAGCUCUUAAUGAGCCUGAAUGGAGUAUGUGCAAAUGCCUUUUGGUCCUCGGAUUAAUCGUGGAGGUCUUUAUUUUGAGCUGUGCAUUUCCCAAAAUUAAAUUACAUUGUAAUCUUUUUUUUUAUCUUCCAUGCGUGUGUGUUUGCUUUGGCUUUCAGAGGCAGUUUAUGAAUCAAUUUCAGAUGAUGAAUACAGUUGUAAUGCAAGGCACGGGAAGUGGAGAAGUAACGGUUCAUUUGCUGCUUUGUGUUACCACGGUAUGCGUCAUUAAGUGAAGACAUGGAGCCUGUCAAACCAGAACCUGAUUGACUGCUUUCUCUCUCUCUAUAUACUCUGCUUGAGUCUAGCAGAAUGGGUGAACAAAGAAACAAAAGAGUGACUAUCAUCUGUGCGGUGAAUACAGAGAAUAUAGCUUCUCCCAGCAGAGGGAGUGAGAAUAAAUCCGUUUCCUUUGACAGUCAGGAUGGCAGGUGAACAGCACUAUCCUCAGAAAGCUUAAUGGUUCUUCUGGGAGUCUCUCUGACAGUUUAUAUCCAGCACCUCGCCCCACAGAGCGGCGUGUGUGCUCAUGUUUCCCAGCACGUUUACAAAAUGUGUUUGGGUCUGUGAGAAAGAGGCAGUGCGGGUGAGAAUGUGCGUAUGCUCGCAGCGCAUGUAAACACAUGGGGUGAGCUCCCACUGGACAGACAAGCAUACAGUCAUGCUGAUGCUCCACGUUUGGUCUUGUGCAAGAUUUUGUGGGAUGUUGGCAAAAAUUAUAAUCCUGGAUCACUUUCUGUAAACAUCAGUAGCCAGCUUGAACACAGAGGAGGGAUGUCUAACUGAUUUUCAGUGGUGAAAUAAAACUGGAGACCAAAAAGACAGACUAUUAAGGUUCUGACUCUGCUGACUUUUUUUUCCAGUUAAAGGAUGAGAGAACAUUCUUUCAAGUAUGUAACAAUGACAUAUUCACAUGCCCUUAUUUACAGUGCAUUGGAAGAUUUAUGGUUGCUGUAAUCAUGCCUCUUUUCAUUCCGACAGUGAAAAAUCUCCUCUGAGUGCAAUUCCUAAUCAAAAG